AUGGCGGGCGCGUGGGACCCGGACAGGAAGCUCGUGUCCAUCUCCGAGUUCGGCUCGGAGUUCAAGGGCGCGCGCAUCCAAGUCCUGUGGCCGGACACCGGGGAGUGGUACAACGCCGAGGUCCUCAAGGUGAACGUCGGGAAGCGGACCGCGACGCUGUGGUACAGCGACAGCAAAGAGAAGGAGGAGAUCGACCUGUACGAGGCGAUACUCAAGAUGGAAGUCUCGUGGCCGAAGGAAGGCACCGCGGUCGGGAAGGACCCCGCGGGGAAGGCGAAGAAGCGGAAGGCGGCUUCGGUCGUCGUGGACGACGACGACGCGUCCGAUUCUGACGACGUCCCUCUCGCGGCCAAGGCGGCCAAGGCGGCGUCCGGAAAUCGUUCGAGAUCGAAGCCGUCGAAACCGAAACUCGAUCGCGCGGACGAACCGAGGAACAACGCGCGCAACAACGCGCUCGCGAAGUUCAUCGAAGCCCUGAACAUGGCGGCAUUGGAAGCGGGCGGCGGCGCGGGCGACGUCGACGUGAACGCGCUCGCGGCGGAGGUGGAGCUGGCGUUGCAUCUCGCGGCGACGCCGGAGACGUACAACGCCAAGGCGCGGACGCUGAUCUUCAACCUGAAAGACCCCUCGAACCCGCACCUGAGAGGACGCGUCUUGCGCGGGGAGCUCACGCCGCAGGUGCUGUGCGUGCUCUCUCCCACGGAGCUCGCGAGGAAGGAUUUGCAGGAGAUGCGAAGAGAGCGAGAGGCGCUCGUCGGCGAGGACGCGUUUUUGAAGGAAACCCCGGAGGAGCUGCGGACGCGGACGAACCGUAAGGGCGAGGUGAUCGAGACCCACGGCGCGCUCGUGGACGGCGUGUUCGGGACGCACGAUGUACACGACGAAGAGAAGAGCGGCGUGGGGGAGGAGCCGAUCGAGGCGGGCGCGGGCGGAGGGGAGGGGGAGGCCCCGCCGGCGCCGCGCGCGGCGGAGCUGCCGAGCUUCGAGGACUUCGCCGCGGCGGGCGCGAGCGACGACGACGACGACGACGGCGGCGAACCGCGCGCGGAGGGAGACGAUGCGACCGAGGUCGCGAACGCUUCUGGAGGCGGCGGCGGCGCGGAGGAGGAGGAGUACGAUCCCACGAAGUCGUUUGACGACGGCGACGGCGACGACGGGGACGCGCCGCCGCCGCCGAAGCUGGACUCCCCCGAGCCGGAACCCCCCGCCGGCGCGUCGGCGGCCGGGGGCGAGCCCGGGGCGUGGACCGGGACGGUGAAAGUCGCGGGGUUGAAAGAGUGCCGCCUGAGGGCGAUCCCGAUCGGCGGCGAGGGCGCGGACAUCUCCGCGGUGUUGCCGUCCACGAUCGAGGUGAAGGGACGCGUCGCGUUCGACGCGACGAACCGUUUCAUUCGGCAAAUCUCCGACAACUCGCGAUCGCGAGCGGUCACCGUCGCCGCCGCGGAGCCGGACCCGAACGGCCCGAACCCGAAGACGAACGAGGCCGCGGUCAUCGCUCUCGCGGGGCAAUACAAGAAACGCGAGCGCGCGGGGAUCGCGGAGCCCGUCAGCGGCGUCGUCGAGGCGUACCUCAUCCCGCAAGGGAAGCUGGCGGACAGACUGCUCAUGGAUCUCGCCGGGAUCGGUCCCGCGUCUGGUCGGAUAUCGCAGUACGGCGACGCCGGGAUGCUCAUGGUCGUCGUCCACCGACGAGGACUCGGGACGAACGUCAAGGCGAUGCCCGCGGAGCGAGGGAGCGACGACGCGGGCAGGAAGAGCAAGUCAGGGAGGAGCAAAGAGAAGAAGCGCGCGUCGUCGUCGCGGCACGCGAAGGAGCGGCGAGAUAGCGGCGGGAGCGCGGAGAAGAAGAAGAUCGUCAUCCCCGAGCGCGCGCCGGACGACGACGGGACGACGCCGCCGCGGUCGCCGCCGCAGGCGUUAGGCGACCCGGCGCCUCCGAUGCCGGCGAUGCCUCCGCCGCCGCAGCAGCCGGUGGCCGCCGCGGGCGACGGCGGGCACAUCCAGCGGCUUUUGAAUCAGUUCAACCCGGGGCGGGCGUCGCCGGGGGCGUUCCCCGCGGGGCCGCCGCCGGGGGGAUACCCGGACUACCCUCCGCCGCCGCUCCCCGCGACCGGAUUCCCGCCCCCUCUCGGCGGGUUCCCUCCGCUGCCGCCGCCGGGCGCUGGCGGCGGCGGCCCGCCGGGCGGCGGCGGCCCGCCGGGCGGCGGCGGCGGCGGCGGCGGCGGAGGUUUCCCGCCGGGACCGCCCCCGGGACGCGGCGGCGGCGGGUACGACUCGUUCGGCCCUCCGCCCCCUCACGGCGGUUUUUCCCAGCGCGAUCGCUCGCCGCCUCGAUACGGCGGCGGACCCGGACCGGGCCGCGGGCCGCCGCCGCGGGACUGGUCGCCGCCGCGCGGGCGCGAUCGAUCGCCGCCGAGGGACUACCGACGCUCGCCCCCGCGCGGGCACUGGGACGACCGCGACCGGCGCUCGCCCCCGCGAGGGCACUGGGACGGACCGGGACACGGGUUCGGAGGUGGACCGCCCCCUGAUCGGGGCGGGUACGACGAUCGGCGUGGAGGUCCCGGGCCCGGGCCCGGGCCGGGGCCGGGGCCGGGGCCGGGGUCGUACGGGCACGACAGGUUCGGGGACAGGGACGACAGGCGAGGAAACGGCGGCGGAGGGUGGGGACCUCCCGGCCCGCCGCCCGGGCCUCCGGGCCCGCCGCCGGGCGGACGCGGCGGCCGGUGGCCAGACCGAGGGCCUCCCCCUGGUCGAUACUAG